AUGGAUAUUAAUACAGAGGAACCUGAGAUAGGAAAAAAAGUGUGUGUUGAGCCUGUAAAUCCGCCACUACGAUUACCUACAAAAGUUGAUAUAAGCGUGAUUGAUCACGAAACACCUAAAAAGUAUUUCAAAUUAAAAACUCUCUAAAAUUUGUUAAUGUGGUUAUUUUGCAAGAAUCAAGUGAACCCACUAUGGCUGACUGUGACUAAUAAGCAUUUAAUAAGAUGUGGAGUAGGUGAUGAACUUGAAUUUCGGGUUAAAUUUGGAGACGUCUAAAUAUUUAUCUUCCUUUAGUCAGAAGGACAAGAUUGUGUAUUUCAAAGAAUUGGAGUAGGGGAAGGGAAACUUUUGGCAGUCACUAUUUUACACGAGCAAUAAUAACAGGAUCCAUAGAGUGGUUUACAAGAGGAACAAAUUUACAAUCAAUAUAGGAAUUUCAUCUUAAACAAGGAAUAACUUAAAUUGAACUUUUACCCAAUUGAUGAAAAUAUCUAUCACGAUUAUGUGAAAUUGGAUGGGGAAGUGUAGACUAAGAGGAUGAACAUAUUUGCAAUGGAUUGCGAGAUGGUGCAGACAGAAAAUAAAUUAGAACUUGCGAGAGUGUCGAUAGUAGAUUACAAUUACAAAGUUGUGCUUGAUGUAUUGGUCAAACCAUAAACAAAGAUCUUGGAUUACAACACUAAAUAUAGCGGCAUAACUGAGGAUAUGUUGAGUAAUGUUACUGUUACUUUGGCAGAGGCAUAAAAGAUGGUGAAAUCUAUUUUGGAUGAAGAUUCAAUUUUGAUUGGUCAUUCUUUGGAGAAUGAUUUGAAUGCUUUGUAGAUAAUUCAUCAUAAAUGUGUGGAUACGAGUGUGCUUUACAUGACAGAAAGUAACAGAAAGUUAUCAUUAAAAAACCUUGCAUAUAAAUAUUUAAAUUUAUCUAUUUAAAAGGACACUCACGAUUCGAAUGAGGAUGCCAAAAUCGCAUUGUCCUUGGCAAAGCUAAGAAUUGAAAUUUUGGAUCACUUUCCAAGCACUUUGUUUACUCAAUAAUAAACUGCUACUCCGGAUGUCUUAAUUUAGCUUAAGAAGUUGGGAGGCUUACAUCUAGUGGAAUUGAAAUCGGAAGUAGAAUUCCUGUUAAAAUACGACGUUGGUUUUGAGGAUGUCGAAUAGAUCACCGAUGAAAAAAAAAUGUAGAGGAUGGCUGAAUUGCUUCGAUAGAGGAAUGCUAAUGCUGUGAAUCCCAAAUUAAUCUUUGCUCAGAUACACAACAACUUCGAGGGUUUCGAAUCGUCUUUUUAGAACAUGUAUAAUUUGGCCCCUUCUUAGACAAUAUUUAUACUGUCAAUUGGAGGAGAAUAGUAAUAAUUUCUGUUAAUUACCAAAUGA